AUGCCCCCAAGAGGCCCAUCAGCUCGAUGGCAACGGCUCAAGCCUGUUGAUAUGGAUCCCCUCGAGUCCAUGGGACUCCCCUCCAAAGGCGAGACCAGGUUGCUCGAUUACAAGGUCCAGGAGCACUACUAUACCAAGAUUGUUGAGCGUUACCUGAGCUUCUGCUCCGACGCCAGCGAUCGGGCUGCCCUCCUCGACAAGUUCGCUGCCCUUUCCAUCACCAAGGAGCGGGGUAGUUCAUCAGGAACAGACUCUGCAGUAUCUACUGCCUCAGUCUCCACGGCCAGUACCUCCACCACGGCUUCCUUCCCAACCCCUUUGCUCUUGCAGACCUCCAAUAAGGACCUAUCCACCGUCUUGAUGGCCCUUCGCAAGCUGCGUGAAGGCAUCGUCGCCUCCAACCGGAUUGACGACUUCUCGACCCAGGCAUACCUUUUCUGCGUUCGCACUGCCAUUCUCGUCAAGCAUACCGAGAGUUACCACCCUGCUAUCCUUCAUCUUCUGCGCACUAUACACCCCCGUCAUCCCCUGACCACCUUCGAACUGCGCGAGGUCACCGGCUACCUAGUCUUAGACGCCGCAUGCCGGCGUGGAGACCUGGCUGAGGCCAUGGCCAUUCGCAGCCGCUGUAGGCUUCAUGAUCCCAAGAUUGACAGCAUCCUCCGCGCCCUGGCGCGCGACGACUACAUCGCCUUUGGCCGUCUGCGGAAGAGUAUCGACGGCCACAAGGCCAAGUUUCUCGAGUUCUGCGAGGACACUAUGCGCCGGCACACUCUCAAAUGCUUCGGUCGUGCUUACCUUUCUGUCGACCUGGACUUCCUCGAGCUGGCCACGGGAUCUGCUUUCUCGCAAUUGGUUCAGCAAGAGGGCGUUGGCUGGCACUUGGACGGAACCAAGGUCGUCAUUCGCAGCAUCAAGGGACGUGCGGCGUGA